AUGGGAGAGAGAAAAGUCUCAGGGCAGAAUAGGCGCAGUUUUGUAUUACGUCACGAUCCCGCCUACCUUCUACCACCACCAUCGCCGUCUUCACGACCACUUUCUCUUGAAUUCAAACUAGGCACCAUGCCUGUCCCCUCAGAGGCUCCGACCAGGUACUGUCUCCAAUGCGAUUGCCCUGCCUGCCAGCAAAAGAUUGACGCUGAGGGUUUUUCCGACCAAUGCGACCAAUGCGGACGCGUGGAUGGUGGAGCGUAUACCUCAACCCCUCCGAAAGCGAGACCCAAAGCAGACAACAAAACCCCCAAAGCGCGUUCAGUGACGGCCUCAGCUUCCUCGAGUCAGAAGGGUCGCGCAGAUACUAAAGCUUUGGCGGCCAACCCGCCCCUGAACCUGCCCCCAGGAAUUGAUAGGGCCUGCGCCAUAACCCUUCGAUUCGGGCCCGCGGCGGGUACGCAAACCUGCCAUGUUGUAGCGAGGAAAAAGGAUAUGGGCCCUCUGGAGUUCUUGUGGGGCAUGGGCCACAAGGAGUUCGACGUGGACACGUCCACGAAUUUAUUGCGGUUGUCUCCAGAGCUUCACCAGACGUUCGAUGAAGGCUAUUGGGCGCUGCUUCCCAUGGACUUCGAGAUACUCUCCUCCAUGCAGCUCUUCUAUGAAUCAUGGCCGACCUGCACGGAAGUGACUGAAGACUCUUACAAGGACUUUCAGAAGGUGUCGCACUAUGGAAACAGGAAGGGGUUCCUUUAUGCCUUCCUUCCACUCUCUCGCCCAAAACGCUUCAGUAUGCCCAUCGUUCGCCUUAAAUCGCCUCUCCUCGAUCCUCCAAGUGCAGCUGACCUGUUCUUUUUCCCACACGCCAACUUCCCAGUCCUGACUCUUGACAUCGAGCCCCACUACGUCAUCUGGAAUCUCGGUCAGAAGUUCAAGGCGCGAGGACUUCUUCCGACCUACAUUUCCAACGAUCCCGAUCUAGUGGGCCCUUUGGCGAAAUAUAACUCCCCCCUCAAGCUUUCCUUAGAGAUUUUCGCGAUGUGGGACAAGCUCCAAACCCCGACGUGGUUUAUCAACAAGGGUCCGGAUGUCAAGCUGCCUCCGAAUGCGGCUGACGGCCCAUCUGAGUAUGGCACGCGUAGCAAGAAGCGUAGACGUACUGGUGGUGGCGGGGGUGCUGACGGCGGCGAUGGAGAUGGAGCGUCUGGCUCAUCAGGAUGUAACGCCCAAGAGAAUGUGGAAGGGGAACUGAAGGAAGAGGGGGUCGGACCCGACGACUCGUCCUCCCAGCAGCACAUUUCUGACUCUACGGAUGAGUCGUCCGAUGAACUUGAGGACGACUUCAUGGAGACGCAGGAGGCUUUCUCGAACCGGAUUCAUGGAUAG